AAAAACUUGUCACAACUUUUGAUCCAAAAAUCACAAAUCCAAAACCGACCAAUGGACACCAACAACAACCAGCAACCACCUCCCUCCGCCGCCGGAAUCCCUCCUCCUCCACCUGGAACCACCAUCUCCGCCGCCGGAGGAGGAGCUUCUUACCACCACCUUCUCCAACAACAACAACAACAGCUCCAACUAUUCUGGACCUACCAACGCCAAGAGAUCGAACAAGUUAACGAUUUCAAAAACCAUCAGCUUCCACUAGCUCGAAUCAAAAAGAUCAUGAAAGCCGAUGAAGAUGUUCGUAUGAUCUCCGCCGAAGCACCGAUUCUCUUCGCCAAAGCUUGUGAGCUUUUCAUUCUCGAGCUCACGAUCAGAUCUUGGCUUCACGCUGAGGAGAAUAAACGUCGUACGCUUCAGAAAAACGAUAUCGCUGCUGCGAUUACUAGGACUGAUAUCUUCGAUUUCCUUGUUGAUAUUGUUCCUAGAGAUGAGAUUAAGGACGAAGCCGCCGUGCUCGGCGGUGGAAUGGUGGUGGCUCCCACAGCGAGCGGUGUGCCUUACUAUUAUCCGCCGAUGGGACAACCAGCUGGUCCUGGAGGGAUGAUGAUUGGGAGACCAGCUAUGGAUCCGAGUGGCGUUUAUGUGCAGCCUCCGUCUCAGGCGUGGCAGAGUGUUUGGCAGACUUCGGCCGGGACUGGAGAUGAUGUCUCUUACGGCAGUGGUGGAAGCACCGGUCUCGACGGCCAAGGGUAAGUUUCAUUUUAUGUGCAAUGUAGAUACAUUGAUUGAUUACAUGAUUAUUUAGGGUUUUAGGAUUUGGAAUGAUAAACAAUCUCUAAGUCUGGUUUGAUUGGGAUAUAAUCAUGUCACCAUUUUCAAUCUCUAGUCCAAGAUUUGAAUCUGCUGAUUUAGGUUCUCUUGCUCUUCUGCUGAAUCUGAAUGGAUCAAUGAACUAUGACUCAUUUA